AUGUCGUUGUGUUCCGAGUCAAAUGAGUUGAUUCGACUCGAGUCUCGAAGAGCAUCUGAAGCGCACAUCUUCAACUCAACGAAUAAGCUACGAUUAACGACCAUUCUAUUGACUCAAGGUUUCCGGGAUGUCGACAGGAUUAAGAAGAUCAAGGAGCUCCUUGCUAAGGAUAAGGAUGUUUUCGAAGGGGAUAAUACGAAGAAUAUCUCCAAGGCUGGCUUUGGCCUCCUGCAGUGGGUGAAAGCGAUGAUCAAGUAUCAUGAGAGGAUUAACGAGGAGCUGAGGACGUUAGCUGAGAAUAUUGAAAGAUUGAGCAAGGAGGAAGUUGAGCAAAGUGCGGUAUUGAAGUCGUUGGAGGAGGAAGCGGAGGCGAUGCAGAGGAAAUUGGAGGCUGCAUCGAAGCUGAUCGAUGGUUUGGCGUCGGAAAGGAAGAGAUGGUCGACGGAUAUCACUCUACAAGGUGAUAAGAAGGUUCGGCUAGUUGGGGACUGCCUCCUUGGGUCGGCCUUUAUUUCCUAUGCGGGACCAUUCAAUCAUCAGUUUAGAAAUGAGAUGCUCUACGGUGACUGGCUUGGUAGAGUCGUUGAAGCGGACAUACCGACUAGCAGGGACUUCAAAUUGGAAGCGUUAUUGACGUCUGAUGUAGAGGUGACACUGUGGAGCUCUCAAGGGCUACCUAGUGACGAGCUCAGCGUCCAAAAUGGCAUAUUGACGACAAGGACUAAUCGAUUCCCGCUUUGCGUGGACCCUCAGGUUGGCGGGGACGGGUGUACUUGCCGAGCUGAUAUGUUGCGGAUGGUUUCGGAUGAUGAGGAGCAGCAUGAUGCCGUGGGUUUCGUCAUUGCUCCUUGUUUGAUUGACAUCAACUUCGAUCUUGAGAAGCUGAAAACCGAUCAGAGGAUCUGUCCGGCAUUUAGUCAUAUUAUCGACUUUGAUAAAUUGAGUGGUUUCUGA